AUGCUGUCGGACGACAUCUUCCUCGGUCUCUCGGUCGCGAUCGUCAGCGUCACGCGCGAGCAGGACGUCUUUGCCUACGGCGUGCUGCUUGAGAACGGCGCCGCGCGUUGGAUCCUCCACAAGCGCUUCUCGGACUUUCACCGGUUCCGGCGGGUCCUCCUCACGAUGACGCGCUGCAGUGACUGCGCAUGCCGCUUGCUCCAUGCGCCGCUUGCGGCACUCGCCUUUCCGCGGCGGAGCCUUGCGUUCUGGCGCAAGCCCGAGCGGGUCGCCCUCGACCGCCAGGACCGGCUCACGCACUUUCUCUCGGUGCUCCUCGGUCUUUUGCAGCCGUCGACGCACGCGUACACGUGCAACGGGACGUCGUGCCCGAUCUUGCGGCUCAUUCGCAAGUUCCUCCAGGUUGGUGGCCGCCACCACGACGCCCUUCUGCGGCGGCUUCCCGUCAGCGCAGCGAGUCGAAAGCUGUCAGAGCCCAUUUACACGAUCCGCGAGCACGACGAGAUCAUCAAUAGCCCCGUGCACGCGCCCCUUGUGUGGUCGUGA